GGUCUGCGCCGACAUUACUUGAGCCCCAAAAGAAACCGUCCGUCCUUACAGGGUUGUUGUGGUGGUGUUUGGUUUGUCCGUUUGUUUGUUUAAUCUGAGGAGGGAAAGGGCGACUCCCACCCUGGGUGGUGGUGGGACAGGCUCCCUUUUGGACCAAGGGGAGAUUCCUCAGGCCGGCGUCUUUCUCCUCCUGCCGCAGCAGCAUCGGGACAUUUCAUGCCUACUUUGGCUUUCCUGCACCAGCCUGCCGCUCCCUCCGUGGACUGGGAGAGCCUCCCUGCCCCCCCGCCCAAACUUCGCAAGGCUGAGCCCAUCCCGGGCUCCGGAUCUUCUCCGGCGAGGCGACGGCGCCGUUGCUCCGGCUACUGGAGCCCGGCGGUGAGUGCCCUCCGACCCGCCGCCGCAUAUGCAACACAUCAUCGAAAACCAUCCCGACAUGGCAACGGCGCUGCUGGCUGGGGAGAAACUGAAGGAGUUGAUCCUGCCCGGGCAGCAAGACGACAGGGCGGGCUCGUUGGCCGCGUUCCUCGUGCAGCUGAAGCUCGAGCUGCCCUUUGACCGCGUGGUCACCAUCGGCACCGUCCUCAUCCCGAUUGUCCUGGUCACGCUGGUCUUCACCAAGAACUUUGCCGAGGAGCCCAUAUACUGUUACACACCACACAACUUCACCCGGGAUCAAGCCUUGUAUGCCAGAGGAUACUGUUGGACAGAGCUAAGAGAUGCAUUGCCAGGUGUAAAUGCCAGCCACUGGCCUUCCUUGUUUGAGCAUAAAUUUCUUCCGUAUGCUUUGCUGGCUUUUGCCGGCAUUAUGUACAUUCCAGCCCUUGGGUGGGAAUUCUUGGCUUCCACCAGACUGACUUCUGAACUUAACUUUUUGCUCCAGGAGAUAGAUAACUGCUAUCACCGAGCAGCUGAAGGCCGAGCACCAAAAAUCGAAAAACAAAUCCAGUCAAAAGGCCCAGGGAUAACAGAACGCGAAAGAAGAGAAAUCAUUGAGAAUGCAGAGAAGGAAAAAAGCCCUGAGCAAAACCUGUUUGAGAAAUAUCUGGAACGCAGAGGGCGUAGCAAUUUCCUAGCCAAACUUUACUUGGCAAGGCACCUCUUCAUCAUAUUUUUAAGCAUCAUCCCCAUUACGUACCUGUCCACCUAUUAUGCUACCCAGAAGCAAAAUGAAUUUACAUGCGCUCUAGGAGAACCUCCUGACAAAACCAGCAAUUCCAAAUUUAUCAUACGGGUGAAUUGCAAGCUGCCCUCUGUUCAGCUGCAACGCAUAAUUGCUGCAGUGGACAUUGUCCUCCUUUGUUUCAUGAACUUGAUCAUCCUCAUCAAUUUGAUCCACCUUUUCAUUUUCCGCAAGUCCAAUUUCAUAUUUGACAAGCUGAACAAGGUUGGCAUAAAGACCAAGAAACAGUGGCAGAAAUCUCAGUUCUGUGACAUUAAUAUCCUGGCUAUGUUUUGCAAUGAAAAUCGCGAUCACAUCAAGUCUCUAAACCGCUUAGAUUUCAUUACCAAUGAAAGCGAUCUGAUGUAUGACAAUGUCGUGCGGCAGUUGCUUGCAGCUCUAGCCCAGUCUAAUCAUGAUGUUACCCCAACUGUACGUGAUUCUGGAAUACAAACAAUAGACCCCAGUAUUAACCCAACAGACCUUGACCCUAAUGAGCCACUAAUCAUCAAGCGUCCUCGGAAGAAAAUGAAGUGGAUCACGAGUUCCAAUCCCCUUCCUCAGCCAUUCAAGGAGCAGCUAGCUACCAUGAAGGUUGAGAAUAGCAAACCUGAGAAGCCAAAGCCAGUGCGCCGGAAGACAGCAGCCGAUAGUCUGAUUGCACCUUUGCUGGAAAACAACUCAAAACCUAUCCAACCAUCUCCCAUUCACAAAACUGAACCCAGUACUCUGCCUAGCACAGGUAAUGAAAAGAAGCACACACGUCACUUUUCCUUAGAUGUUCAUCCAUAUAUAUUGAGUAAUAAGAAACCCAAGCAAGAAAUUCCAUCCAAUAACUCUGUGGCAAUAUCCAAAAAUCAAGAGAGCAGAUUUUUAAGCCAAGAAGACAAAGCCAUAGUUCGUGUCACUUCUUCUCUUAAAGAUUCUUCCCUUCCUGGAAAAGAGUCCCUUUAUUCCCAUGACAUCUGCAGGACCGUGCCUGCAACAGGGGUUUUCCUCACCUGUACCCAUAACCAUAUAGCAACUUCUGGUGCUGCAACGAAAGUCCCUCUCCCCCAGACUAACAAGGUAGUAGAGUCAGGGCCUGCCCUGAAUUGCCACCCUGUGCAUCCUCUUCUACACAUCAAUACGCUGUAUGAAGACCACGAAGAAGAGGGCUCACACCUUAUAGAUGAUUCUUUAGACAACAGAAUUCACUCUCCAGCAGAAAGCGGAGACAUCAUCUCUAUGCCUUCCACAAAACAAAUCAUGCUGGCAACUUUUGAUGAACCCUUGGCAAUAGUGAAUUCUGCAGAAUAUUGACGCACAAUCCAGAACUGCUGUUGAUCACACCUCGAAUCUGAUGUUCCACCUACAGCAGGAUGAACCUUAUUCGCCCACAAGCUACUGCAUGAGCAUGGAGUGCUGAAAUGCAAGCCACAGGGUUUGCAGUACUCCAGAUCGGUUAUUCAGGGUAGUGUCUUGGCUAAUGUCAAUAGCUUGCCAAAUAGGACAAUAAUAAUAACAAACCAAUCAAAUUAUUCUAUGCUUAGAAACACAUGCAAUAAAGCACAAGAAACAUUAGCUGCAGCUUCAAGAAAUUCACUUUGGAUUACUACAACUAUACAAACAUAUUUGAAGUGCUUGAACGCAUGUCACACCGUGUUUCUUAAAGCACAUACAGUCUUGAAAUUCCAGCUCACUAUGUAAAGUAGCAACAGAUGUAAAUGUGAAGGAUAUGUAUUCUUCCAUUUCUCAAAAAAAAGCAGGCGUAAAAUUGUGGUGUCUCUCUAAGGUGUUUUUUUUUUAAGGAUAAUUUUUUAAAUAAUGAAAUUGUGUUUCACGGGUAUCCCUGGCUCCCUCCCGUCCCUGACAUUAGCCUAAAGAAGAAAUCAAGAGCUAGAUCUUAAUCAUUACUAUGUUUUUAUGUGCCAAGAGAUGAUGAAAAUUAAGAGUUUAUUUUUAUUGCCUAUUUUAUUGUGAAUGAGAGUUUUUGAAUCAGAUGCUAUCUUUCCAGAGUGUGGGAAGAGGGUAGCCUAUUGCUGCAUAUUUUUGUUAAUUGAGUGAGGUUUGUAAAACCAGGUUAAAAACUUUCUAUGAUAAAGCUUUACAGAUGUGAAGAGUAUUGAAAUAGUGCUGCUAAAAUAUUACAAAUCAGUUAAUUUGCAAUGAUACACAAUUUUAGAUGAUGGAUAUUUAAAUCUUUUUAAGGACUUCCCUACACUACAGCAUAACACAAGCCAAAUACACACUUUGGACACAUCUAGCAUGUGAUUAUUUAUUCCAAUGAUUGCUUCUUGGAACGCUGCUAAGGAAAAACAGCUGGCUCAAACAUGCAAAAUCAUGAUGUAGUACAAACUAAAACAUUUUUCCUAGGAAAACUAAUGUAAUCAAUGAAGUGACCUUUCAGAAGUUCCUUCAAAUAUACAUGUAUAUGUACACGUGCGCGCACGGACACACACAGAGACACACAUAUUGGCUGUCCCAUUGGUCCCAAGCCAAGGUAGAGAUGAAGUAGUAUGAAAGUUGCAAAGUUAAAAGCCAGGUUACUGCCACUGUGGCUAGUGAGCUCCAUCCAAGAACGCUUGGAGACAUGUUUCCUUCCACUUGAGGAAUUAUGCCCCUGGGAGAAGUUCAAGUGGCUAAAUGUGCAAGUUCUAGGCAGGCUUUUCAUGAUACAUAACUUGAAUUGGAUGAUGAAGAGUUUGCUUUUAGAACUUUUUUUUUAAAAAAGUCUUCCUGUAUGAAAUUUAAUAAAAGUUUGUUAAUUUCAGUUCUUAUCCUGAAAAGCCAGGGGUUGAUAGGAAGUAAAAGAUUGCUUUGUGUAUAAAUUCUAAUCAAUUUUUGACAUUAUUAACUGGGAUGCUAAUUUAUAAUUGCUGUGGUUCCAUAUAGAUUUAAGUUCAUACUAGAAUAAAUUAACUACUCAAAUUUGCUUGAGAUGACAGUAACUUCUAGAUUUACAAACUGAUCACCCUAUCAAGAAGAGCUGCCAGUUUAAUGGAGCUUGAGACAAUCCUGUCCCAACAUAUUUUAAAUUUAUCAAAUAUUUGAAAAUGCAUCCAUUGUUGUUUGAAAUGCUGUUUGCAGAUAGCUACCAUUGCUAUUGUCCCCUUUCCUAGAAGUUUAGCAUCCCUCAAAAAGCAAUUUCUUUGUUUCUCUUCCCAUCAUUUUACACUAAUGGGAUCUGCAUUGCCUUCAAAAGUGCUCAAGGGAAGACCCAUUAGCAAUUAAAAAGAUGUAUCUCAAAAGAGGAAGAAAAGAUUAGCAACCUAGAGCUAGGCGCUGCUGAUAUUUAGGGAAGUUCUCAACCACAGGUAGAACAAAAGUGGGCUUUAAAUGGAAGACAUCCAGUCCUAAAUAAUCUGUAUUGGUUUUGGAGUUGGACCUUUCACAAGGCAGGCAACACCAGGGGUGAAAUCAACAUAACUUCGCUACUGGUUUGCAAAUGUGAAUGCACGCAUCACCUCCACGCAUGUGCAGGACCUUCCACACAUGCACAGAGUGUCAAAAACGGGACGUGAUGACAUCCAGGCAGAUGGGCGGAGUCUCCUGCCGCUACCACUACCGGUUCAUCCUAACCGGAUAGAACCGGCAGAAUAGCCCCACUGGUCAACACCCAGUGGUCCAUCUUAAGGGGGAAGAGAUUGGACUCAAUAGAAAUCAAGAUGAUGGUUGCAUAACACAAUUGAAAUCCAACUCCUGUUGAAGACAAAUUGACAUUGUACAUAUACAAGGGCAAGACUUCAUUCUUGCUUUUGCAACCACCAUUUUCACUUUUUUUAAAAAAAAAAAAUCCCCCCAGAUGCCUUUAGUGUGAGCCCAUUCCAAGCAAAAAUGGAAGAAAAGACAAUCCAGCCCAACUGAUGAUACGUAACUACUACAGUGGCAAAAAUUUGGGUUUUAUCUCCAUGUCAUUCUAUUCCUCCUUUUUCCUCCAAUGUAGGUACUACAGGUCAGCUUCUGAUUAAGCAGUUUCCACUAAGCACAGGCCUGUGUUAAGCUGUCAGGUGGUGAAGUCUAAUGUAGCAGAUCUCUUUAUGACUUCCUGAGCUUUAAACAUAGGUGUAGCAUUUAAAGCUAAAACCACAAACUUGUGCACCAUCAAACUCAGUUUUAACAGCGUAUCUGUUAAAACAACAUACCUGCCAGCACUUUGCUAUUCCAGACCAUACAUUAAAGAGAUAAUAAGAAUGUAGUAAACAUUGUUGUUUUCAAACAAUGUUUACCUUGCUUGGCCUAAAGUGGAUCCUUGUGGCAUAUUUCUUCCUGUAAUUUUGGUGUGAUGUUCAUAAGAAUAGCUCUAGUGUGAUUUUCAAAAAGCAUAUUGGAAAAACUAGCACGCAAUAACCAUUCUUUACCAGUUUUC